AUGGCUUUAGUAGGUGUAGUUCCUUCAUCUGGUGUUGGAGAAUCUAGUAGAAAUACCGUUGGUCUUGAUAGGCUGCCAAAUGAGAUGAAUGACAUGAAAAUUAGGGAUGACAAGGACAUGGAACCAGCUGUUGUCAAUGGUAAUGGAACAGAAAAUGGUCACAUAAUUGUUACGACUAUUGGUGGUAAAAACGGCCAGCCAAAGCAGACUAUCAGCUACAUGGCUGAACGUGUUGUGGGACAGGGAUCUUUCGGAGUAGUGUUUCAGGCAAAAUGUCUGGAGACAGGUGAAACUGUUGCAAUAAAAAAGGUUCUUCAAGAUAAGAAAUACAAGAACCGCGAGCUGCAAACCAUGCGAAUCCUAGACCACCCUAAUGUGGUGUCUUUGAAGCAUUGUUUCUUUUCAACUACUGAAAAGGAUGAGCUUUACCUUAACUUGGUAUUGGAGUAUGUUCCUGAAACUGUUCAUCGGGUGAUUAGACAUUACAACAAGAUGAGCCAAAGGAUGCCUAUGAUAUAUGUGAAGCUCUAUGCCUAUCAGAUUUUUAGAGCACUGGCUUAUAUCCAUGGCAGUAUUGGAGUAUGCCACAGGGACAUUAAACCCCAAAAUUUAUUGGUUAAUCCGCAUACUCAUCAGGUGAAACUAUGCGACUUUGGAAGUGCUAAAGUACUGGUAAAAGGAGAGCCGAACAUUUCUUAUAUAUGUUCUAGGUACUAUCGAGCUCCUGAGCUUAUAUUUGGAGCGACAGAGUACACUACAGCCAUAGAUAUCUGGUCUGCCGGAUGUGUUCUGGCCGAAUUAUUGCUAGGACAGCCCCUCUUUCCUGGUGAAAGCGGAGUGGAUCAGCUUGUUGAAAUUAUUAAGGUCUUGGGCACCCCAACAAGGGAGGAGAUCAAAUGUAUGAACCCCAACUACACUGAGUUCAAAUUCCCUCAAAUUAAAACUCAUCCGUGGCACAAGAUAUUUCACAAGCACAUGCCUGUAGAAGCUGUCGAUCUUGUAUCAAGGCUACUGCAAUAUUCUCCAAAUCUACGAUGCACAGCUCUGGAAGCAUUGAUACACCCUUUCUUUAAUGGGUUGCGCGAUCCAAAUGUUCGCCUACCGAAUGGACGUUUUCUUCCUCCAUUGUUCAAUUUUAAGCAACACGAGCUCAAGGGGGUGCCAGUCGAGUUGCUGGAGAAGUUGAUACCCGAGCACGCACGGAAGCAAUGUGCAUUUCUUGCUCUCUAA